AGUUUUAAGAAUAUUUUAUUUUAAAAUAAAUUAAUAAUAUCUAUAUUUAAUAUUUCUUUCAGGUAUUCCUUAAAAAAUUCAAAUAUAUUUAAAAAAAAAUUUCUAUAUGAGAAUUCCUUGCUAAUUUAAAACCAAAAAUAUAAAUUAUACAGACGGACAGUAUUAAAUAUUCAAUCAACGCAAAUACAAACCAUCAUUCACUCAUUCAUUUUUUUGCAACCUUUUUAAUAAAAUAAUUCUCACAUUGAAAUUCUAACGUAAUAAUAGUUUACUAUGACGAAAUGCAUUGAAGAUACAAAACUAUCCAGUAAUCUGCGCAUUCUGACCCCACCCCAAUACGAUCGCUUAAUUGAUCUAUUAAAUUCUCAGGUUCAUAUCCAUCCACACGGUCCAGGAGCCGAAUUAUUUCCUACGCUUAGUGUUCGGCUCGGGAAUGCCGUGGAACGUGUUCACAAGCGACUUUCCGACGUAGGGGUCGACGUAACUGAUGUUAGGGUCAAUGGCGGAGCCGCCUGUCACGUCAUAGCCCACGAAACAAAUAGGCAUCUUGAUAAUAAGUCCAGUAAUUUGGAGAAGCGCUCAAAUAUUGGUAGCCAUAAAAACCCGUCCUACAACGACUUGGAUUUGAUAUACCUCGUGCGUCUACAAGGAGCCAAAGAUAUGGAUCGUAUCAAGAACGUCGUGUUGGAAACCCUGUUCGCACUUUAUUGCGAAUCCUCUCACAGUCCGGCCCUGGAAAGUAGCAACACCAACGACUAUGAUAGUGGUAAUAAUAGUGAUAAUAGUGACGAUUGCCCAGAUAGUAAGCAACCAAUAGGCCAGAAGAUAUCAAUUAAUAGUAACAACAUUAAUCGUUCGCUUCUGCAGGAGAUGUACGUGCAUAAGAUGGUCAAGGUGAGCUCGGGCGGAGACCUGUGGAGCCUAAUAGCGCUCAACAAUAGGGACGGGCGGAAUUUAGAGUUCAAAUUCGUCAGUAGCAUGAAGAGGCAGUUCGAAUUCAGCGUCGAUUCAUUCCAAAUCAUUUUGGACCCCCUCCUCAAAAAUUACCGCCAGGAAAAAGCUAUUCCAACUCACCAACCGCCCCUAGACAUUGUGUGCGAGAGCAUGUACGGCGAUUUCGACCGAUCCGAACGCCAUUUACGCCAAAAACUGAUUGCAACCGUCAGGCCCGAGGAAAUUCGCGGCGGGGGCCUGCUCAAAUACUGUCACCUGUUAGUUCAGGGUUACGAGCCCGAGGACUACGAUGAUAUUAAAUCCCUCGAAAAAUACAUGUGUUCUCGAUUUUUCAUCGAUUUUGGUGACCUCCGCAAGCAGAAGGACAAACUCGAUUCGUACCUGCAUAACCAUUUUCUCAAGGACCCACAUUCGUUGUACAAUUAUUUGCUCACGCUCUACCGCGUAGUGGACCAUAGUACGGUGUGUUUGAUGGGGCACGAGAGGCGUGAAAUACUCAAGUUGAUCGAAAAGUUUUUUUACCAGGUUUAUUACAACGUUUACAGCUAUAAUCUUCUUCACGAUUCGACCAACAUCAAAGAUAAUUUUAAAUAUAAAUAUUAUAGGCCCAAGAAUUUUUCAAAUAUUCCCCCGGUUUAUUUACCGCCAUCUAGUGCUCAACAUUAUAUUCAGCCCAUUUUUUGUUCAUUUCAACCAAUUUCGCAAUACUAUCAGCAACCAUUCUAUUUUAUACCUAUCGUUAAUCAUAAUCAUCCACCUCCGCCCGUUUCCUAUUCUGCGAAAUGUACUUGUAUACAAUAUGCAUGAAAAUGAAUUAUAAGAAUAUUUUUUUUAAAAAUCAAUCUCGAAUUUUAUUAUAUAUUUUUUUACAUUAAUAUAUUACAUAUUUUUUAGACAUUUGUUUUUUAUUAUUAUUAUAUAUCCUUUGUAAAUAAUUUAAUCACUUGCUAAUCUUAUUUUUCUGUUAGAUAUUUAAUCGUAUAAAUAUUUAUUCAAACUCGAUUAAAAUUAGUCUCAGAUUAAAAUUAGUCUCAAAAAGCCCAUUAAAAGGUGCUAAUAAAUAUUUAAAAAAAACCAUGUGAUAUAGGAUUUAGCCUUUAUAAUUUUAAUAUUAAUUUUUGUGACAUCUUUUUUUUACAUAUAUAUUACUAUAUUAAAAGAAAUUAUACAAAAAAAAUACAUAAUCAAAAAUUAACAAUUUUUUAGAGAUAUAUGUACAAAUAUGAAUUGAUUUUA